AUGGCUACAAUUACAGAAUCUGUGGGCAGAGAGGCCCACCCCCAAAAAGUCAUUGCCAACCCACGAGAGCAACUCUUGAAGCGUAUACGGGGCUCUCAUGUUACCAUUCCCGACCUACAAUCUAUGAUAAGCCACUGGCCUCAAGGUGUCUAUCCAGAAGUUGAAAGACUGGAUGAUUAUGUCCAAGAGACACUCACAAAUACCCUAUCUCUUUCGAAUGACAAUACCCGACUCCGCAAGCUAAAGGCAUCUAAUAUUGCGUUGUUCGGAGCUUCUUGGUGGCCAUUUGCGUCAUCAUAUGAGGCGUUGGAAAUCGUUACUUGCUUGGCAUUAUGGUUGUUUGCUUGGGACGAUGAAACGGACUCUGCCGAGUUUUCCUCUAUAAUCAGAGACUGGGAUAAAGCUUCCACAUUUCGACAAAGGACUAUCGACUACUUACGAGCGAGUCUCUCCGGAAGCCCGGAAUCAAAACUCGCGGAAAUAUCGACAGAGCCCAUCAUAGCGGUCUUUAAGCCCGUAGGCGGGGCAAUUUACAAGUCUUGCAAUGAUCGCCAGAUCAACACACUCCUCGAUGAGCUGAUUUUCUACCUUAACAUGUGCGGAGAGGAGCAGAAACUUCAAGUAGCACAUCGUCUCCCUACUAUUGAGGAAUAUGUAAGAUUCCGUAUGGGGUCUGGUGCUGUUAGAGUCUGUUUCGCUACUAUCGAGUAUGCAUACGGGCUCACAUUACCUGACGAAGUGAUGGCAGACGAGGAUAUGCAACAGAUCUGGCAUGAAGCGAAUGUUAUCAUCUACACAACUAACGACAUUUUGUCCAUGAAAAAGGAAAUAGCACAAUCGCAGGUCGACUCCCUAGUUCCCCUCCUAACUCUACAGCUUGGUUCCGUACAAGGAGCUAUGGACCACGCUGUAGAUAUGGUGAGGACAUCAGUCCGACGGCUCGACGCUGCGGAAGCGCAGAUCCUUCGGCGAUACGCAUCCACACCUAAGGUCCAAGAAGAUAUCCUUAAAUUCAUUGAUGGAUGCAAAUAUGCUUGCACAUCUAAUUUGAACUGGAGGUAUGUAACAUAUUAUCCCUAG